AACCAGUAAAGCGUCCGAGUCUCAGGCUCGAGUCGCCUUUGACAACAUUUGCCGACAAUGUUGUCAAUUCUCCGGAAAGCCCGGCUGAAGGACAAGGAGAUGAGGAUCCUGAUGCUGUGAGUACAGACGCAGGAUCAGUGAGACUCGCUGACAAAGAUGCGCGGCCAGGGGCCUGGACAACGCAGGCAAGACGACGAUUGUGAAGAAGAUCAUGGGCGAGGACGUCAAUACGGUGAGCCCCACGCUGGGCUUCAUCAUCAAAACGAUCGAUUACGAAGGAUACAAACUCAACAUCUGGGAUGUCGGAGGACAGAAGACGCUGCGGUCAUACUGGCGCAACUAUUUUGAAAAGACCGAUGCCCUCAUCUGGGUUGUCGAUGCCACGGACCGACUGAGGAUUGAAGAUUGCCGAGAGGAGCUUCACGGUCUUCUACAGGAAGAGCGCCUUUCCGGAGCGAGCCUCCUCGUCUUUGCGAACAAGACUGAUGUUGGCGGGUGCAUGAACGAACGAGAGAUUCUUGAGGGCCUUCAGUUGGAAUCGAUACGAACGCAUCGGUGGAACGUCCUUCGAUGUAGUGCCAUGACAGGGACGAAUCUGAAAGAGGGCCUGGCAUGGGUAGUGGACGAUGCGAAGAAGCGGCUGUUUCUCUACUGAGGCACAUUGCUGUAGGAAAUCUCGGUGGAGAUAGGUACCUACCUUACCACAGAGGGGAACAUGGACCCCCGAGGCAGGCAGCGAGUGGGGUUGAUGGAGUCGUCGUGGGUGUCAAGAACAUCGAUGGGGUGACCGACUAGAGCUGCGCGAUAAAGGAAUCACAGAGCGAAGGCUGACAGCCAAAC